CUUAGAACUCAAAUGUAUUUAGACCACAUAUACAGGCCGCUCGGUAUUGUGGCUCACUACAGCUGCAGCACAACUGCCAUAAUAUAUUCGCUUACCCCAAUAAACGAUUUAUGUCUAGAUCGCUAAUCGAAAUCCGACUCUGUUAUUAUAAAAAUUUACCUUGGUAUGCACCCGCAGUCACCCUUUCCUCUUUUAAAGUAGCGCCGA